CGGGUAACCCUUUGGAUUGCCAUCAAAAAGUUUGUGUUCAAAGAUGUGGUCCAAAGGAACAGGAAGCAGCAAGAACUGAAACCUAAUACUUGUCUCGGCAGCAAGACUAACAGCGGCUCAUUAUCAUCUGUCGAGAAGCAGAAGGCUCCCACUUUCACAAGAUUUACCCAUUGAAGAGCAUGUCAAAACAAAGUGAUAUCAACCUGGGCCCCUCAGCUAAUCCUUUCGCCAAGCCAACAGACUUUGACUUUCUAAAAGUUAUUGGAAAAGGGAGUUUUGGGAAAGUUCUUCUUGCGAAACGCAAAUCCGAUGGCAGAUUUUAUGCCAUCAAAGUCUUGCAGAAGAAAAUGAUCCUUAAAAAAAAUGAGCAAAAGAACAUAAUGGCAGAACGCAAUGUGCUAUUGAAAAAUCUCAAGCAUCCUUUUCUGGUUGGGCUCCAUUAUUCCUUUCAAACAACCGAAAAGCUCUAUUUUGUUCUUGAUUAUUUAAAUGGUGGAGAGCUUUUCUUCCAUUUACAACGAGAACACACUUUCCCCGAGCCCAGAGCAAGAUUUUAUGCCUCAGAGGUUGCCAGUGCAAUAGGAUACCUGCACUCACUCAACAUUGUGUAUAGGGAUUUAAAGCCCGAAAACAUCCUCCUUGAUUCUCAGGGUCAUAUUGUACUAACAGACUUUGGUCUUUGUAAAGAGGUAAUAGAGCCAUCAGGAACAACUUCUACUUUUUGUGGGACUCCUGAGUAUCUUGCUCCAGAAGUAUUAAGAAAACAUCCGUAUGAUCGUAGUGUUGACUGGUGGUGUUUUGGGGCAGUACUCUAUGAAAUGUUGCUUGGACUGCCACCUUUCUACAGCCAGAAUAUAGCUGAGAUGUAUGACAAUAUUCUCCACAAGCCACUCCACUUGCCAAUGAGCAUAUCAACAGCUGCCCGUGAUAUUUUGACAGGACUUCUACAAAAAGAUCAAAGGAGAAGAUUAGGAGCUCAAGCAGACUUUCUUGACGUCAAAAAACAUCCAUUCUUUUCAACAAUUUCCUGGGAGGAUCUCUACCACAAGAGAAUUGCCCCACCAUACAAUCCCAAUGUGGCUGGCCCUGGUGACUUACAACACAUUGAUCCUGAAUUCACACAAGAAACUGUCCCUAAUUCUAUUGGGCGCAUUCCUGACUCCACUAUUAACAGCCCAACUGCAACAAGUGCAUUUUUGGGAUUUUCUUAUGCUACUACAGAUGAUAAUUUGAGAAGUUAACUAAAUACAGUAUGUAAACUGAGCUAUUUAAAUGGAUAUUACUAGCAGGAGGAAGAUAAUGUAAUUAACACUAAAAUGCA